ACAUAUUCUAUUUUCUACAUAUUCCGAGCAGGAGUAACCCCAGCACCCCACUUCCAAAGGCGCACCUCAAGCACCAGCGUUCUCAGAGAGCACAUGGGAGCUGGCAUCCUAUCCACAGACAAGCCCUGCGACAGGACCCAGCUGGAGAGGGACGCAGCCAGUCCCUCCGCCAGUAAGCAAGCGUCUGCCUCCCCCUGGGGCUGGGAGCCGGCCAGGCUCCUGCCGUGCGGGUGGUGGUUGUCUACUGUUACGGAGGGCCUACUACGUGCCAGAUACCGCACUGGGUGCUUUACGCGUAUUCGAUCUCAUUUAACCCUGCUGCCAGCCCUGCGAGGCAGGUAUGAUUACUGUCAUUGAUUCAGUUCAGGAAGUUGCCAAAAACACAGCUAGCAAAGCUGCAGAACCAAGAUUCAGACUUAGUUUGGCUCAACCUUUACCAAACACACCUUGUCUUCCUCCAUCCUUCCAACGCCACCUGUGCCUUCCUCUUCUCGUCCAGUCCUCUGGGGUGUCUGUGCGGGCUCCCUUCCUCCGCUCUGUCCUCAGCACCCGUGGGUGUGACCUCUGCAGAGGGUGCUGUGCUGGGGGCCCGGGAGGACCUGUCCACCAGGAGGGAUGGGCUGUGGCACUCCCAGGGUGCUUGGCCUGAGCCCCGUUACUGAGAGAAGGGAGGCGUUUGCCCAGGACUCCGAGGGGAGUUCCAUCCUGGGAGUGAACCCAGCCCUGGUCGGGACCCAAGCACCCAGCCCUCCCCGAGACAUUGUGUGAGCCGGCUGGGCCUCCAGACAGCCCCUCCCGCCGCCCCAGCCAGGGUGGUGCUUGUGUGGGAGGGACUUUAAAUCCAGCUGCCAGACCCCUGGACAGCAGAGGCAGAGAGGGCUGGCCACCAUGCACAGCUCCCGCAGUCUCCUGGCGCUGCUGCUGCCGCCGCUGCUCUUGCUGGGGGCCACCCCGGGGCCCGCCGGAGCCCUCAGUGAUGAGGAGAGACGCACGAUGGUGGACCUGCACAACCUCUACCGGGCCCAGGCAUCCCCACCCGCCGCCAACAUGCUGCAAAUGCGGUGGGACGCGGAGCUGGCCGCCUUCGCCAAGGCCUACGCUCAGCAGUGCGUGUGGGGCCACAACAAGGAGCGCGGGCGGCGCGGGGAGAACCUGUUCGCCAUCACGGACGAGGGCAUGGACGUGCCGCUGGCGGUGGAGCAGUGGCACGUGGAGCGCGAGUACUACAACUUCAGCACUGCCGCCUGCGAGCCGGGCCAGAUGUGCGGCCACUACACGCAGGUGGUCUGGGCCAUGACAGACAGGAUUGGCUGUGGCUCCCACUUCUGUGAGAAGCUCCAGGGCGUUGAGGAGACCAAUGUCCAUUUACUGGUUUGCAACUAUGAGCCCCCGGGGAACGUGAGGGGGAGGAGGCCCUACGAGGAGGGGACUCCGUGUUCCCAAUGUUUCCCGGGGUACCGCUGUGAGAAUUCCCUCUGUGCAGAACCCAUGAGCUUCCCAGAGGAGGGUCAGGAGGUGCCUCACCUGGAAGAUGUAGAGGCCCCACCUUCCCUGGCAACUGAAACCUCAGGCUCAAGGAAAGGGGGGAUCUCCUCUUCCCUGGCAACAGAAACUCCAUCCUUCUUGGUAACAGAGGUCUCAGGCUCCCUGGCAACCACGGCUCUACCUACUGUAGAGACCAAGGCCCCAUCUUCCUUAGCAACGGAAGGCCCAUCCUCCACGACAACUGAGGCUCCACCGUCCUUCCCAACUGAGUUCCCUUCGUUUUUGGAAACUCACAGCCCGCUCUCCGUGGGUGAGGGAAGAGCUACCUCCCCCAGAGCGACCCAUGAUCCCAUCCCAAAAGGGAUAGACCAAGAGGCCAGCAAGACAAGCACGCCCUCCAAGAGCCCAGAGAAGUCUCUGCACCUCCAGGUGUCCCCGACAGGGACACAAGGGCUGCCACCCCACUCCCAGGAGGAGGGCAAGGCUGAGGCCAAGUUGCCUUCGUCCAGCGAGGUCUUGGCCUCAGCUUUUCCAGCCCAGGAGGAGCCAGAUGAGCGGCAGGCCACGCGGGAACACAGCGGGCACAUCUUCUCCAAGUCCCUGCCCAACUUUCCCAAUACAUCUGCCACAGCUAAUGCCCUGGGCGGGCGAACCCUGGCCCUGCGGUCGUCCUUGCCAGGUGCAGAGGACCCUGAAGGGCCUGAAGUCCAUUCAGGGCUGAGCUCGGGCCCUGGUCACAUCUGGGGCCCUCUGCUGGCUCUGUUGCUACUGCCUCCCCUGGUGUUGGCUGGAAUCUUCUGAGAGGUCACUACUCAAAGGCGAGGCCUGGUGCGGGGACCUGGCCUCAUGCCUGCUCUGGAUCCUCCUUCUCCAAGUAAGAGGCCACAUCUUCCCAGGCAGGUCCUGCUCUGUGGCCCAGCAGCCACCUCCAACCCAGCUUCUGGCACUGUCCCAGGAGUGCCCCUGCCCCGGGGUGGCCCGCCCCUCAGCUAUGCAGACUGAGCAGUGUUCCCGUGGCCGGGGCCAUGAACUUCUAGGGACAGAAGAUCUCGGGGCUCUCCAGGAACCCCUUGGCCCUUCCCAGACCCCUGGCUUCUUCCUGGAGGCAUCUGAGUCCCAGGCUAUUCCCAGGUGUGCCUCCUGCCUUCCCAGGCUGAGGAGGUCAGCUGCCCUUCUGCCAUCUCCCCCACCCUGUCCCCAGCCCCCCAGAUAGAAUGCUUCUUGGCUGAUAGCCCUCUGGAAGGGAAGGCUGCAGGGCAUGCGCCUCACCCAGACAUCUUGCCUGGCUGCCAGUGAGCUCAGGUUGCCGCCCGAUGACUGCAUAUCUGACCUGGACCCCUCUGAUGUCAGUCCAGGGGUGAGGGGGGAUUCUGGGGAGAUCCCCGCCUGCCUGGUCUGGGUUGACUGCCUCUUCCAGGAAGGCGUUCUCCCAGAGAGCCUUCCUCUUCCUACUUGCUGUGUAGCUGGCGGGGGUGGGGUGGGUGUGAGGGGCAGAUGGACCAGCCCCACCUGGUGGGGUGUUAUGGGUGGGGCAGGCAGAGACCAGGAGAGGGAAGCAGCCCCUGACUCCUAAUAAAAGCCUGUGUAAGA